UGCCCCUGUGCAACGCCUCCUUAUCCUCGCUUCACAAAUCCAACAAUGGCUUCUGCGGCAAAACCCAUAUCAAUGGCAAACACUUGCUUAAUAUCAUCAUCUCCGGCCAUCUUCCCCGUCAAAUCCCACCAACAAAUCUCCUUACCUCUAAAACCCAUCAAACUCCACCUCUCCGCUUCUUUCACAUCCCUUUACGCUUCAUCGCCAUCCUUCUCUCUACGAAGAAAACCCAAUUCACGAACCAUUAUAACCUUCAUUUCGGCCCAACAAGAAGAAGAAAACACACUGGUUCUCGAAGAAGAUCAAGAAUUGAGAUGGGAAAACGAAACUCCGGCCGCCGGUGUAUCCGAUUGGGAAGGGGAUGCGAUCGGAGACGCUGGUACCGGAGGGGAGGAGGAGUAUUCUGAGCCGCCGGAAGAUGCGAAGAUUUUCGUGGGGAAUUUGCCUUAUGAUGUUGACAGUGAGAAAUUGGCUCAUCUUUUCGAGAAAGCCGGUGUUGUUGAGAUUUCCGAGGUUAUUUAUAACCGGGAGACUGAUCAAAGUCGAGGUUUUGGGUUUGUGACGAUGAGUAGUGUUGAAGAAGCAGAGAAGGCUGUUGAUAUGUUCAGUCGAUAUGAACUGGGAGGGAGGUUUUUGACUGUGAACAAGGCUGCUCCAAGGGGAUCAAAGCCAGAGCGCACCGAGCAGCCGACCGGCCCUUCGUACACAAUGUAUGUCGGGAACAUACCAUGGGACAUGGACGAUGGCCGCCUUGAACAGGUUUUUAGUGAACAUGGUAAGGUGGUGAAUGCAAGAAUUAUUUACGAUCGCGAAAGUGGUCGAUCGCGUGGUUUCGGCUUCGUGUCAAUGUCCUCCCAGAGCGAAAUGAAUGAUGCUAUCGAAAAUCUUGAUGGACAGAGCUUUGGCGGGAGAGCGAUCAGAGUGAACGUGGCUGAGGAAAGACGGAAGCGUGGUGCCUAUUGAUUGCAAGUUUCGGGAACGAUAUUUAUGGGUGUUUUUUGCCAGUUAUAAAUUGAUUGAUAGUUCUUGUUAGGACAUUUGAUAAGGUGCUAAUCAAAGCGUAUAUUUUGAAUUAGUUUUUGCUUGGGGUAUCUUGUUGGAACUUGAUCGUUUUGGCGAUCGCUUUAUUUUUUAAAAUCGGAUCAAGACCUCU